UAUAUCAAAUACCAAAAUGUUCUUUAAUCUUUCGGUUUUAAAUAUGUCACGUGAAAAAUAAAGGGACAUUAUUUCUGAAUCUGACUUAAAAUAAAAGUAACACAAACGAAUUGAAAUCUAGGGAAUAUAAACUUCAUUAUUAGGGGUACUUCAGUCAAUUAAACUCACACAUACUUCCAACAUCAUGUGUUAAUCCUAUAUAACAACAACUUUUGUCAAUUUCUGAUCACAAGUCAUUACACAAAACACCAAAAAAGGUGACAGAUAUUCCAUGAAUUUAGUUUAGGCGUGCGCAAGUUGACCCGAACAUUACACAACAACAACAAUAAACUCAGUGUAUUCCUACAAAGUGGGGUCUAGGGAGGGUAAGAUGUACGCACUCCAUACCGCUACCUCCGAAGAAGUAGAGAGGCUGUUUCCGAUAGACCCCGGCUCAAGAUAAAGAAUAGUAAAUAAGGAGGGAUGGGUGACAUAAAAGAAAAUUAGGAAUAAGAAAUGAUAAAAAUAGUAAUGGGGGGUCUGGCCCGAACAUUAUGUUUAUCAAAAAAAAAAAAAAAGAAACACGAAAACCUCAACCUCCCUAGUAAUCGACAACCAAAAUUUCAACCAUCUAAGGAGUCGUCCAAAAAAAAAAAAAGAAAGAGAUAUUCUUUUAGAAACUAACUAAAAAUGAAAGUAACACCAACAAAUUGAAACCGAGGGAGUAUAAACUUCAUUAUUAGGGGUAUUUCAGUCAAUUAAAUUCACACAUGCUUCCAACAUCAUGUGAAUUCUUGUGUUCAUCCUAUAUAACAACAACUUUUGUCAACUACUAAUCAUUUGUCAUUACACAAAAUACCAAAACCUCAACCUUCUUCAAUGGCUAACUCCUUUGAUCUUCAAAAACAUGACCAAAUAGCAAUAGUAAUUGUUCCAUAUUUAGAACAAGGCCAUCUAAAUCCACUUCUCAAUCUAUCUCGUCUCCUCUCAUCUCACAAACUUCCUGUAUUUUUCCUAGGCACUACUACUAGUAAUCGACAAGCUAAAUUUCGAUUAUCUAGUUGGGACAUUCUUGAUUUUCCGACUAUUCAAUUUCAUGACCUCGUACCUGUUCCUCCUGGUUCAUCUUCCUUUGUUACUACAUCAGUAAGGGAGAAAAUAGGGUCAUUUUUCACGUCCGUUUUGCUUCUUCGUGAGCCAAUUCGCGAUUUUUUGCAAGAAAUAUCGAAUAGAUAUAGAAGGAUUGUGGUUAUUAAUGACUCAGGCACGUCAUGGGUAGUUCAAGAUGCAGUGUCAAUGCCGAAUACAGAAUGCUACUGUUUCCACACUACUUCAGUGUUUACUGCUCUGUCCUUCGCCAGUGAAAGUACGAAAAAACCACUUCCAUCUCCGGUAGCUGAGAUAAUUGCACAGCUUCCUCCAAGGGAAAACACAUUUGAUUCAGAAACUGUAGAAUACAUAAAGAUGCAGCAGGAGUCGAGAGAUUUUUACUCCGUUGGUCUCCACAAUUCUUGCAAGGAAAUCGAAGGCAUUUUCAUUGAUUUGCUUGAAGAACAACGCGAGAACAAGCAAUGGGCUAUUGGUCCGUUAAAUCCAGUGGAAAUUUCAGAGAAAACAAGGUCUAAACAUGAAUGUUUUUCAUGGCUUGAUAAACAAGACCAGAAUUCAGUGAUUUAUGUUUCGUUUGGAUCAACAACAACGCUGUCCAAAGAACAAAUUUACGAGCUGGCAUUGGGUUUAGAACAAAGUGCGCAAAAGUUCAUAUGGAUUAUUCGAGAAGCUGACAAGAAAGGUGGGGAUAACAUUGUUGAAAGAGGAAGUGAUUUAGAUUUACCAGAAGGAUACGAGGCGAGAAUCAAAGAAAAGGGAGUUGGUUUUAUAGUGAAAAAUUGGGCACCUCAAUUGGAAAUCUUGGGACACGCGUCAAUAGGAGGAUUCAUGAGUCAUUGUGGAUGGAAUUCUUGUAACGAGAGCAUUUCAAUGGGAGUGCCAAUAGCAUCUUGGCCAAUGCAUUCGGAUCAGCCAAGGAACACAGUGCUCAUAACAAAAGUACUGAAGAUUGGCAUCGUUGUAAGAGCUUGGGAAAAUCGCGGUGAAUUGGUGAGUGCUGUGAGAAUUGAAAAUGCGGUAAGAACUUUGAUGCGUUCUGCAGAAGGAGAUGAGCUGCGGCAGAGAGCAGCGGAGUUGAGUGGCGCUGUGAAGAAGUCAGUGAUGAAUGGAUCCAGUCACAAGGAAAUGGAUUCCUUUGUUGCUCAUAUCACUAGGUAAAUUUGCAUUGAUCUUGGAAAAUAUCAUGGAUAUUAGUAUUAUCAGGUUAAGUUGAUCUAUAGUAGAUAAUUUUUCGUAUUAAACUAGGUACUGUUAUCGUAAAAAUUGAGUAAUGGUUUGCUAUAAUUGAUUAAUUGUACUGACUUAUGGAAGAAGAUCCAAAACAUAAAUAGGUAAUAAGAUGGUUAUGAAUCCAUGAUAUGAAGAAAGGGAAAGGUAAGUGAUGUGUUGAACUCAGAAAAUUAUUUGUAGUGCGUACCCUUCCUCCUAUGGGGAUAUUCCUAUGCUACGAGCUAGCAUGUUGUUACUGUUGAAUCGCAAUAAAUUGCUAGUCGAAGGUUUAAUUAUGAUU